CAGCAUGACCACCGAGGUCAAUGAAUGCAGCAUCAAGGUGCUCUGCAGGUUCCGGCCUUUGAACCAGUCGGAGAUCAUACGUGGAGAUAAAUUCAUCCCGGUUUUCCAAGGGGACGACACAGUCAUCAUUGGGGGCAAGCCUUAUGCCUUUGACCGUGUCUUCCCACCCAACACCACCCAGGAGCAAGUUUACCAUGCCUGUGCCAUGCAGAUUGUCAAAGAUGUGCUGGCCGGGUACAACGGCACCAUUUUUGCCUACGGGCAGACUUCCUCGGGAAAGACUCAUACCAUGGAGGGCAAACUGCAUGACCCUCAGCUCAUGGGUAUCAUCCCACGCAUUGCCCGGGACAUCUUCAACCACAUCUACUCCAUGGAUGAGAACCUGGAGUUCCACAUUAAGGUUUCCUACUUUGAGAUCUACCUGGACAAAAUCCGUGACCUGCUAGAUGUGACCAAGACCAAUCUCUCGGUUCAUGAGGACAAGAACCGUGUGCCAUUUGUGAAGGGCUGCACUGAGCGUUUUGUGUCCAGCCCUGAAGAAAUCCUGGACGUCAUCGAUGAGGGGAAAUCCAACCGUCACGUGGCUGUCACGAACAUGAACGAGCACAGCUCUCGCAGCCAUAGCAUCUUCCUCAUCAAUAUCAAGCAGGAAAACAUGGAGACUGAACAGAAACUAAGUGGGAAGCUUUACCUGGUGGACCUGGCUGGCAGCGAGAAGGUCAGCAAGACGGGAGCCGAGGGUUCUGUGCUGGAUGAGGCUAAGAACAUCAACAAGUCCCUUUCAGCCCUUGGUAAUGUCAUCUCGGCUUUGGCUGAGGGAACGAAGAGCUACGUGCCCUACAGGGACAGCAAGAUGACCCGUAUCCUGCAAGACUCCCUCGGGGGAAACUGUCGUACGACCAUGUUCAUCUGCUGCUCGCCCUCUAGCUACAAUGAUGCCGAGACCAAAUCUACUCUCAUGUUUGGACAGCGGGCAAAGACAAUCAAGAACACAGCAUCUGUGAACCUGGAGUUGACUGCUGAGCAGUGGAAGAAGAAGUUUGAGAAAGAGAAGGAGAAGAACAAGACCCUCAAGGAGACCAUCGCCAAGUUGGAGGCUGAGCUCGGGCGCUGGCGCAACGGAGAGAACGUCCCGGAGACGGAGCAGCUGAGCGACGAGGAGAAGGUGGUGGCUGACACCUGCGACGAGACGCCCAUCAAUGACAACAAUUCCUCUAUCGUCAUCCGGAUUUCUGAGGAAGAACGGCACAAGUACGAGGAGGAGAUCCGCAAACUCUACAAGCAGCUUGACGACAAGGAUGAUGAGAUCAACCAGCAGAGCCAGCUGAUGGAGAAGCUCAAGGAGCAGAUGCUGGACCAGGAAGAGCUGCUGGUGUCAACCCGCGGGGACAACGAGAAGGUGCAGAGAGAACUGAGCCACCUACAGUCUGAGAAUGACUCAGCCAAGGAGGAAGUGAAGGAAGUGUUGCAAGCGCUGGAGGAGCUGGCGGUCAACUAUGACCAGAAAUCCCAGGAAGUGGAAGAAAAGAACCAGGAGAAUCAGCUGUUGGUGGACGAACUGUCCCAGAAAGUGGCUGCCAUGAUGUCCUUGGAGUCUGAGUUGCAACGGCUGCAGGAGUUCAGUGCGCACCAGCGCAAGCGCAUUGCUGAAGUGCUGAACGGGCUCAUGAAGGAUCUAAGCGAGUUCAGCGUCAUCGUGGGUAACGGGGAGAUCAAGCUGCCGGUGGAGAUCAGUGGUGCCAUUGAGGAGGAGUUCACCGUUGCCCGGCUCUACAUCAGCAAGAUAAAGUCGGAAGUGAAGUCCGUCGUGAAGCGCUGCCGACAGCUGGAAGGGCUGCAGGUCGAGUGUCACCGCAAGAUGGAGGUGACAGGCCGGGAACUCUCCUCCUGCCAGCUUCUCAUCUCUCAGCAUGAAGCAAAGAUCCGCUCGCUCACCGAGUACAUGCAGAGCGUGGAGCUGAAGAAACGGCAUCUGGAGGAAUCCUACGAUGCCCUAAGUGAAGAGCUGACUAAGCUUCAGGCACAAGAGACUGUACAUGAAGCGGCCAAGGAGCAGGACCUGAUCCAGGAUACAGAUGAAGUCAAACAGAAGGCCCUGGAAGUGCAGCUGGAGAGUCACCGUGAGGCCCACCACAAGCAGCUGGCCCGGCUGCGAGAUGAGAUCAACCAGAAGCAGAAAAUCAUUGAUGAGCUCAAGGAGUCUAAGGCUGGUGAGGAAGGAUGGCGGGCAGUUGGCAUGUUUUCCAUCUCUAUGUUAGCAUCUCUGUCUCUCCGUAUUCUAUCCCUGCGCAGCUUGAACCAGAAGCUAGAGCUGGAGCUGGAGAAGCUUCGGGCCGACUAUGAGAAACUCAAGAGCGAGGAGCUGGAGAAGUCGCAGAAGCUGCAGGAGCUGACAUUUCUGUACGAGCAACAUGAGCAGUCUAAGCAGGACCUCAAAGGGCUGGAGGAGACUGUGGCCCGUGAACUCCAGACCCUCCACAACCUUCGCAAGCUGUUCGUUCAAGACGUCACGACUCGAGUUAAGAAAAGCGCGGAGUUGGAACCCGAGGAUAGCGGGGGGGCUCAUUCCCAGAAACAGAAGAUUUCCUUUCUUGAGAACAACCUGGAACAACUUACAAAAGUUCACAAACAGCUGGUUCGUGACAAUGCAGAUUUGCGUUGUGAGCUUCCUAAACUGGAGAAACGUCUUCGGGCUACGGCUGAGAGAGUUAAGGCCCUGGAGGGCGCACUAAAGGAAGCGAAGGAGGGUGCUAUGAAGGACAAGCGCCGCUACCAGCAGGAGGUGGACCGAAUCAAGGAGGCGGUGCGCUACAAGAACAGCGUGAAGCGCAACCACUCUGCACAGAUUGCCAAGCCAGUGCGGCCAGGGCACUACCCGGCUUCAUCUCCCACCAACCCCUACGGUGUCCGCAACCCCGAAUGCAUCAGCUACACCAACAGCCUCUUCCAGAACUAUCAGAAUGUCUACCUGCAGAAUGCUGGCAGCUCCGUGCCUGAUAGCUACUUCACCAAUGCCUCUUCUAGCAGUGGAAGCAGCUCCUCCAGUGCCCCUCUGACCUCCUUCCAGAAGCUCAAUGUGGACAACGGGAAUGCCACAGACAUCAAUGACAACAGAAGUGACCUGCCCUGCGGUGUUGAAGCUGAGGAACAAGCCAAGCUCUUCCCCCUGCACCAGGAGACGGCUGCCAGCUAAUAGCAACAGUGACACCUACUGCCCAAGGGGCCUCAACACAACAUCAGUUUCUAAUCGGGACGGAAGCCUCCGCUCUGCAUGCCGCAGCCCUGGCUUCCCAUGGCCUCCGCUACAAAAAAACAGGCCCUGUUUUGUGUGUCCUGCUCUCUCCGUGUCCUGUAUAUUUAUCCAGCUGCUGCUUCUCUCUUUCACUGUUUCACUGUCCUACUCACUUAACUAGGCAAUGAUAUAUUCACUUCCCCCCCUUGGAGAAUUCCUCCCGUGCUCCCGAGUCAGGG